CGACGCGACCACAACGUAACUUUAAGAUCGGAGAUCGGAACCGUAGAUCGUGGCGUAUAUAGGCGACAUAACCACUUACCAGGUAGCUUUGGCAACCGUCGUCACGUGAUCGUGUCGCGAUCGUUCUUUCUGCUCGUCAUUCAUCUGUCGUCUCGUCUUGUGCAAUUGCCUGUCGAAUGUCGAAGAAGAAUAUGUCUUGCAUCUGGAUUUGUGUACCGAGCUCUUAACGUUUGUCUGCAGAAGUCGAAGUCGAACUCGAAGUCGAAGUCUACAGAGCCGCGAGUGCCUGUCGAUCAACUUGACCUUUCAGCAGUCAGAUCAGGAAAUUGCUCAAAUUCCUGCAUAAAAAUGCCUUCCCCGCAUGUGAUCUUGCUGAUCGUACAACUAUAUCUUUGCCUGAGUCCGGCUAUAAUUGCCCAAGACUUUGAGUUAGCGGAACGCAACCACAAGAAACGCCAAAUCUAUCGGGAACAAGUAUUGCCACAUGCGGGUGGUAAGAUCCCAGACACCGCCUUCGAGACGGAUCGCUUGUUUCUGAAUCGCCUGCAAAAGGAGGGCAUCGCAGUGCCAGAUGGCAUAGUGCCCGAGCAGCGGAACCCGCAGGUGUAUCAGUACUACAACAAGCCCAUGCGCACCGUCUUCCACAUCGCCCUGAGUUCGGAUGGAAGGUAUACGCCGCGGGAGGGGCGAUACCAUUACCGCCAGGUGCCCACGGUGGAGACGACCUACCUGUAUCCGCAGGCGGUGGGUCGCCAGCACGUGCUGGUGCCGCCGAAGCACGCCCUGCCCGUCUACCGACAGCUCCAGUUGCACAAUCCACUCCUCAACCAGGUCAAGUUGCAGCCCAAGAAAAUGCCCAAUUUUCUGGAACUGGCGCCCACGGUCGGCAAGAGCCAUACAAAUCCAUUGGCCGGAUCGGCCAAGGCGCAGUCUUAUCAGAAUGUGAAUCUCCUGCAUGGUCACAGUUCGGUGCUGCCGGCAUUCAAGAAAACCUCCAGAGGCAGCAAGACCUAUGUGGACAGCUAUGGCACAACCCAUCGCAAAAAUCGAAACUGUUACAGCCGCCAUACAAAAAACAAAAAUCGGAUCGGUACCCUUGAAAGCUCCAUGCUCAAGUGGUUGCCGCUGGAAAACUGCAGCUCAGUGUGUUUUUCAAACCCAACUCGGACGGUCGUCGCUUCCAACUUCAACAUCCAACACCAACGUAGGCGGAAAAGUAUAACCAACAUAAUGAUGCCCAAGCUGGGAUGUUUCUCUUUUUGGCUUAUGCUCGUGAUCGGAGUCGCCGUGGCCAUUGAAGUUCAGAAAUUCGGAUAUCUAUUCAAUCCGCCACAAGCGGAACACUCGCAGCAUCAUGACGAGAAGCAAGAUCUAAACAAGAUACCCGGAGUUCCGGGCGUCGACUAUCCGGUUUACCAUGAGGUGCCGCACACCCACUUCAGUUGCCACAAUGUUCCGGCCACUCCGGGCAUGUACGCCAAUGUGGAGACGGGCUGCCAGGCCUAUCACGUGUGCCACGAUGGACGCGAGGGCGAACAGGGCGCCAAGUUCCUGUGCACCAAUGGCACCAUCUUCAAUCAGAAGGAAUUCGCCUGCGAUUGGUGGUACAAUGUCAAGUGCGAGGAGGCCACCAAUUUCUACCACUUAAAUGCCGAUCCCGAGCACAAUCCUUACUUUCCCAAGAAGAAGCCCGAACUGGAACCCUAUGCCAAUGAUAUCCAUGAUGCUCACAAGUUUCUGAUACAAGCUUAACUCAAUUUUCAAUCGUUAAUUUGUUUCUAUUGUUCCCCAUUUUGUAAAUAAAACACGAAUUUAACUAUC